CGGCCAUCGCAACGGAUGCUUGCCUCUAGAGACACAUCCUGCUCGCCUUGACACAUUAAUGAACUGUUCAAACUGCCCAUAUUUUUCUGCUCUGCUUGCUGUAAGCUUGGAUUUCUGCCCAUCUAUCCAUUUUCGCGAUGGCCAUCCUCGACAGGAAGCCGCCGCUACCGGACGGUGACGGUGCCGCAGCUGUAGCAUCUGCUGAGUCUUUCGAAGCAUUGCACAGCAGCUCCCCCCAUGGGCUCUCAACCUCAUCCAACUGGCAAAGUACACAGGCUCAACCCGAGCAUGUAUAUAUCUCAACACACGAUGGCCAGGCUCCUCCAUCCUACGACCUCGCAACCAGCAGCAACAACCUCUCCCAACUGCCCCCACCACAACCUGUCGAAGUGCCAACAAUGGGCAGCUCGAACGAAGUGCACGAAUAUACUCCUCUGCUCGCAGAUGUCGAGUAUGGAGGCAGAAGACCCGGCGACAGAGAUGGCCGGCAAGGAAAGAAUGGCCAGAAACGCCGCGUGUGUCUCCGUCGUUUCUUUCGUUUCGCAACAUCAGCGAUAACUAUCCUUCUCUUCUGGGUCAUCAUCAUGGACAUGAUGUCCAUGAUGUCAUCGAGUAUAGGGUCCGACUCAGACAGCCAUGAGGAGCUUCAGAAGCCCAACCCCAACCUGUGGCCCGGCAAUACAAUUGAUUGGCCUGACUGGAGCCCCGUCACUCGCCAGCCAGGUGAAAACGAGCAAUAUUCGAGCACAACUCACCUGACGCUGGACGCCAACCAUGGCUCACUGUUCAUUCACAACUUUGGCCAGAGGCACUCGGGUAAGGUUACCCUAGAGACUAGCAGAGGCACAGGGGACAAGAUUCAAGUGGACGUCGAGGCUCGUGCAACUCAUGAAUUUAUCCUCAAAGAAGCGCUCACCGUCGUAAAGAAAGAGGACGGCAACCGUUUCGGCGUGGGCAUCUACUCUCAAAAUCGCUCAUUCGAAGACGGAAGGCACCGACUUCGCGUAUGCCGUCGGUACCGCUGUAUUGUUCAAAAGUUUCCAUGCCGCUUCAAAUGUCGGCAGUGUCAGAUUGGGAGAUGGUUUCAAAGCCGACAAGAUAGUAGAGUUGACCACGAGCGUGGGCUCAAUCAAAUCGACCGGUCUAAUCGAUACGGACGUCUUCCGCGCCAUCUCUAGAGUCGGGUCAUUGAGUUUUGACACGAUCGAUGCCACCGAAUCUGCCACGCUCCAGGCAGACAGCGGCAGUGUCCACAUCAAGACCGUCCGCAGCCCCGUUGUAUCGAUUCAGACUUCGGCCGGCAG